GGCGGAGUAGCUCGGAACUGCAUUUCGCCAACUGACCCUUUUCGCUUGUCGUAGUCACAUGUUCAGACCCGGUAGCAAGGAGGACACGCCGCUGGCUGACAUCCCAACGGAAACACUGGGCCUGGUUCGGAUUUUGUUUUAUGUCUGGUUUUGGUGUUAACCUGCGUCUGUGGACUGUGACGUCAUGUCGACGGUCGGUUGUGUACCUGGGCAGUUUGAUGAUGCAGAGGAAGCCAGCGAUCAGUCAGAGCUGUUGGCUGUACAGAGUCAGAUCACUGAUGGCACUCUGCAGCCUUCAUCACACCGACAGGAAGAAGACAGCGAAGAAGAAGAAGAAGAAGAAGAAGCUGAUGAUGAUGAUGAAGAUGAUGAAGAGUGGGCGUGGCAUUCAGCAGUUUUUUUAACAGGACGACUCUGAACUCUGAUUUCAUUUGCUUGUUUUCAGUCCAACAGACAGAGUCCCUUAAAUAAAAUGCUGCCAUCAUCAACUCCAUCUGAUAAAGCUCUCAGGAAAUACGAGCACAAAAUCAACCUGGAUAAACUGAAUUACGCCGACUCGGUGAUCAAUAAAGUGACAAUGAUGCAGAAACAGAAAGAUGCUGACAUGUACAGAGUGAAGGACAAAUCAGAUCGAGCUACAGUUGAGCAGGUUUUAGAUCCUCGGACUCGAAUGAUUCUGUUUAAGAUGCUGAGUCGAGGGGUGAUCUGUGAAAUCAGUGGCUGCAUCAGCACAGGGAAGGAGGCGAAUGUUUAUUAUGCCAGCACCUCAGCAGGAGACGGCAGGGCCAUCAAGAUCUACAAGACCUCCAUCCUGCUGUUCAAAGACCGGGACAAAUACGUCAGUGGAGAGUUCAGGUUCCGUCAUGGUUACUGUAAAGGAAACCCCAGGAAGAUGGUGAGAACCUGGGCAGAAAAGGAGAUGAGGAACCUUAUCAGGCUGCAGACAGGAGGAAUCACAAGGCCACACCCGAUUCGAAGUCAUGUUCUGCUGAUGAGCUUCAUAGGAAAGGACAAUAUGCCGGCUCCUCUGCUGAAGAACGCUUCAUUGUCAGAGUUGAAGGCUCGUGAACUCUACCUGCAGGUUCUGCAAAACAUGAGGAAAAUGUUUCAGGAUGCUCGACUUGUCCACGCUGACCUCAGCGAGUUCAACAUGCUGUAUCACAACGGAGACGCUUACAUCAUUGACGUGUCACAGUCGGUGGAGCACGACCACCCUCGUGCUCUCGAGUUCCUCAGGAAGGACUGCAGCAAUGUCAAUCAGUUCUUUGUGAAGCACGGUGUGGCGGUGAUGACUGCCAGAGAGCUAUUUGACUUCAUCACUGACCCAUCAAUCACCUGCCACAACAUCGAUCAGUACCUGGAGAAGGCAAUGGUGAUCGCAGCUGAGCGCACGUCAGAGGAGCGGUCGGAUCAGGACCGAGUGGAUGAGGAGGUGUUUAAGAAGGCCUACAUCCCCCGCACUCUGACGGAGGUGAGUCAUUACGAGCGAGACAUUGACCUGAUGAGGACAAAGGAGGAAGAGUCGGCCAUCAGCGGACAUGAUGACAACGUGCUGUAUCAGACGCUGACCGGACUGAAAAAGGAUCUGUCCGGAGUUCAGACGGUUCCUGCUCUCCUGGAGGAUGAGCACUCUUCAUCAGAGGAGGAGGGCAGUGAUGAUGAAGAAGAUGAUCAGCAGGAGCAGAGUGAGGAAACCCAGAUAGAGAAAAAGGAGAGAAAGAAGAUGGUGAAAGAAGCUCAGAGAGAGAAAAGAAGGACGAAAGUCCCGAAACAUGUGAAGAAGAGGAAAGAGAAGGUGGCCAAGAUGAAGAAGGGCCGAUGAUGAUUUCCUGGUGGACUUCCUUUGUGUCACGACUGCAUCGACCCCCAUAAACAUGAAACCAGAUUGAACACAGCGACUUGAAUGAAGACAGUCAAUCACAGCUCACAUCUGUCCUGUCCUGCCCUUACUGUUUUUUCUAGAGCUUGAAGACCACGUGAUGUGGUUGAAAGCUCUGGAAGAAGCUUCAGAUUGAUAUGCGGCCCUGAUUGGUUCAAAUACAACCUAUAACGAAGAUAGCAAAUCACCACACUCAGUUACCUGUGCUGCAGGUGUGAAGCUGUAACCGAGCGGAUUGACAUCAUCAGUUGUUAAUAAAACAACUGUCAACAUG